GUUGCCCCAGUGGAACAUAUGGAACCCACUGCUCCCAAAUAUGCUCAUGCGCAGAAGGAAUACCGUGUCACAGUUUCAACGGAGUAUGUAUGUGCCCAAAGGGACUCAUUGGUAAAAGAUGUGACGUGGUGGAUCCUUACAUAGAAGUUGAUAGCGGAGACAUAUACGUUGAAUGGGGCUCAGAUACAACUCUGGAAUGUAUAGCAGAUGGUAUCGCAAAUCCAGGACCGUUAAUGUCAUGGGAACGAGAUGGUAGGCGUCUUCCGACUAAUAUUUCCCGUAUUCAUGCAGAUUACUCACCGAUGCCUUUGCGUAUUGUUUACUUCAUCAACAACAUGACAGAUGCACAGAAUGGUGAAUAUAACUUGGCCUUAUAG